AGUAGCGCAGUCCUUCUGCGUCCUGAACCGAGACUCAGCAAGGCCUUCAGAGGGAGAGGAGGGAGGCCCUGACCGGGAAACGGCUUCUCCAAUGCGCACGAGGAGCAGCGGGGCUUACCGGGGCUUUUAGCAGAGCAACAGAGGAACCAAUAAAGCCUGUAAAUGGAGCAGCCGUACGGGGAGGUCAACCAGCUGGGCGGCGUGUUCGUAAACGGACGGCCGCUGCCCAACGCCGUGCGGAUCCGGAUCGUGGAGCUCGCGCAGCUGGGCAUCCGGCCGUGCGACAUCAGCCGCCAGCUGCGCGUGUCCCACGGCUGCGUGAGCAAGAUUUUAGCCCGCUACAACGAGACGGGCUCCAUUCUGCCCGGAGCUAUCGGCGGCAGCAAGCCGCGGGUCACCACGCCCAACGUGGUCAAGAGCAUACGGGACUACAAGCAGUCGGACCCGGGGAUUUUCGCCUGGGAGAUACGGGACCGACUCCUGGCCGACGGAGUUUGUGACAAAUACAACGUGCCGUCGGUGAGCUCCAUCAGCCGGAUUCUGAGGAAUAAGAUCGGGAACCUGUCUCAGCCGGGCCAGUACGAGGGCGCGAAACCUUCCGCUCCGCAGCUGCCCUACGGCCCCGUCUACCCCUACUCCUACCCCAACGCCGUGUCGCCCAGCAGCGCCAAGCUGGGCAGCCCUCCCGGGGUGGCCGUGACGGCGGGCCACAUGGGGCUGUCCAGGGCCUGGCCCUCCGUGCACACGGUCAGCAACAUUUUAGGGAUACGAGCCUUCAUGGACCCCUCAGCGAUCGCUGGUCCUGAGGGCUAUCAGCCAAAAAUGGAGGAGUGGGCGAGUGUUAACAGAACACCAUUUCCCUCCAGCCAUGGACUCAACGGCAUCGAGAAAUCACCCAUAGAAGCUGACAUUAAAUACAACCAGCCUUCCCCGAAUCUUACCGGGUAUGUGCCCGCGUGCGCCUACUCAGCCAGCCAAUACGGCGUAAGCGCGUGUGGCGGAGCUUCCGGUACCUACAGCCCUCAUUGGCAGUCUCAGAGCGCGGGGGCUCUGAGUCACGCGGGCGGGGGGGCGAUGGGGCAGCACGGCCACAACCUCCACAGCGCCAUGACCUUCAAACGACCAACACACGUGGGGGACAGAAAGCCCCCGAGUCCUCUGAGUCCUGUGGGUAAACAGCAGCAGGAGGUGCUGUCCGGCCUGCCCGGAGCCCCCACAACCUCCUAACCCACCCUCCUCCCUCCUCCACAGUGGCCCA